AUGGUGAUUGUCAACCCCACGACCCUGGUGCAAGCGACGAUGGAUUUGCGGUUCCUUAUCAUGGACGCACCCUCCGCAGAGUCCAUUCAUCACUACCUGGCGGUGAUGCGUGCCCAUGGCGUGACGCAUCUCGCUCGUAUUUGUGAGCUCACUUACCCGGAAGAAGAAGUUAUUAAUGCUGGAAUCAAAUGCUACUCACUCGCCUAUCCAGAUGGAGAUAGUCCCCCGCAACAUGUCAUUGACCGGUGGCUAGAUAUUGUAGAAGAAGCAAGACAACAGGGAGGAACAAUCGCCGUACAUUGCGUGGCCGGAUUGGGGAGGGCACCCGUCUUGGCCGCUGUCGCAAUGAUUGAGAAAGCCGGCUACGAUACUCUGGAUGCCGUCGACUAUAUUAGGUCUCUACGAAAGGGUGCGAUAAAUCGGAAGCAACUAGAGUAUCUUUCUAAUUAUAAAAGAAGGUCCAAAAAUAAAAAGGCGAAGUGCGGCUGUUUUGGCUUUUGA